AUGAGAGGCGACCCGUUCUACUCGAACGGCUCUGUUGGUGCGUGCGAUGGCAAUGCUUGCGAUUACCCUGCCAACUUCACCCUUUCGGGCUGGGUAGCAGCACAAUGGAAUCCGCACGUUCGAGAACGAUAUCAAGCAUUGCUUUCUGCUCUCGCCAAUCACCCUGAAGUCGGAAGCAAAAUCUACGGCAUGAAUUUCCCAGAGACCGCCAUCUCAGUGGACGAGUCGAGCAACGACUUCAACAACGUGACAUACUUCGAUGGCACACUUGCCAACGCAGCGUUCGCACGAUCCGUCUUCCCACCAGACGUAUUUGUGGUGCAAUAUGUCAAUUUUUGGCCAGAUGCAUAUGCGGACCCGCUCGUGUUGAAUGCCUCUUUUGCAGCCUUACAGAAGACUGGAGUGGGCGUAGGAGGCCCAGAUGACAUCCCUGGCAGGAAGGCGCUGGAGGCCAAUGUGUACCCGUUCAUGCGUGAGUACAAGGGCAAGUUGGCAAUCGAGACUAUCGCCGUUCAGGAGCCUGAUCUUGCGGCCACUAACACAACAACUGGAAUGCCGUUCACUAGAGAGGGAUACACCACUUUUGCGGAGGCAUUGGGUGCAGAAAUAAUUUUCUGGGCAACGAGUGCGCCGUGGUUGCAGGGCAGCGAUCCCUGGUGA